CAGAAAUGUGGACGGAUAUAAGGACGCUGCUACUUUUUCAUUCUUUUGUCCUGAGGCUUCAUUUCUCGCAAGCAACGGAUGAGUGUGAGGAUGGACAGUUUCAGUGCAACAACAAAAGGUGCAUUCCGACCAUCUGGAGGUGCGACGACGAUGACGACUGCUCCGACAACAGCGAUGAAGAAAACUGUCCCAGGAAGACAUGUGCCCCCGCAGAGUUCGCCUGCCUAAAUGGUCAGUGUGUCCCGGGACGGUGGCGAUGCGACGGGGAACCAGAGUGUCCCGAUGGCUCUGAUGAGGCGGAGGAGACCUGCAGCAAACAGACGUGCCCGCCAGAGAAAUUUGAUUGUGGGGGAUCCACCAACAAGUGUGUCUCGUUGUCAUGGAGAUGUGAUGGGGAGAAGGAUUGUGAGAACGGAGCGGAUGAGGAUGACUGUGCAUCUGAUGCCAAAGCCUGCCCCAGCGGUGAGUUCAUGUGUGGCAACCGCAAGUGCUUGGCCACCGUCUACGUGUGCGACGGCGACGACGACUGUGGAGACGGCAGCGACGAGCUCAAGUGUGCGUCCCCUCUGACCUGCGGGCCCAACCAUCUCCGCUGUAACACCUCCGAGUGUGUGCCGCUCAUGUGGAGCUGCGACGGAGACCCCGACUGCUCCGACGGUUCAGACGAAGGGCCGGAGCGCUGCGGCGGCGACGGGGUCCCCUACCCGCCGAACCGCCGGACAAACUGCACUGCUGGAGAGUUCCGCUGUGCCAACGGGGAGUGUGUGAGGCUGAGCUGGAAGUGUGACGGAGAUCCGGACUGCAAGGACAAGUCUGACGAGUCCGACUGCCCCCUGUUGACGUGUCGUCCCGAUGAAUUCCAGUGCAGUGAUGGUUCCUGCAUCCACGGCACCAAGCAGUGUAACAAGGUGCAUGACUGUCCUGACCACAGCGACGAAUCUGGCUGCGUCAACGCCACAAGAUGUGAGGGCCCCCUGAAGUUUCUGUGUAAGAAUGGAGAGUGCAUUGACAGCUCCAAGGUGUGUGACUCCAUUAAGGACUGCAAGGACCGAUCAGAUGAGCCCAAGAAGGAGUGCGGGCUGAAUGAGUGUAUGAUCAACAACGGCGGCUGCUCCCAUGUCUGCAUGGACCGACCAAUUGGCUUUGAAUGCCAGUGCCCUUCUGGCUACCAGCUAUUGGACAAGAAGACAUGUGGUGACAUUGAUGAGUGUGAGAACCCUGACGCUUGUAGCCAGAUCUGCAUCAACUACAAGGGGGAUUUUAAAUGUGAAUGCCAUGAAGGCUAUGAGAUGGACCCUGUUACUAAGACCUGCAAGGCAGAAGGAAAGAGCCCCUACCUGCUGUUCACCAACCGGCAUGAGAUCCGACGCAUCGACCUGGUGAAGAGGGACUACAGCCAGGUGGUGUCCACCCAGAAGAACGCUGUAGCUCUGGACCUGGAUGUGGCCAACAACCGUAUCUUCUGGUGCGAUCGCUUUCACCGGAAAAUCUACAGUGCCUUCAUCCAUGAGGCCAGUGACCCCUCCCAGCAGGUGCCGCUGCUGGAUUCUCUUCUGCAGACCCCCGUGGGUCUGGCUCUGGACUGGCUCCAACACAACCUGUACUGGGCCGACUCCGGAGACAAAUCCAUCUCCGUGGCCUCAGUGGACGCCACCAAGAGACGCGUCCUCAUCGACACUGACCUGAGUGAACCCCGGGCCAUAGCGCUGGAUCCCCAUCACGGCUUCAUGUACUGGUCAGACUGGGGCACGCGAGCCAAGAUAGAGAAGGCCGGGAUGAAUGGAGUGGACCGACAGGUGCUGGUGGCUGAUAACAUUGAAUGGCCCAAUGGCAUCACUCUAGAUGUAGCCAACAGGCGUCUGUACUGGGUGGAUUCAAAACUUCACCUUAUAGCCAGCGUGGACCUGAACGGAGCUCACCGCAGAACACACGUGUCAUCCGCAGAGAAACUGGGACACCCCUACGCGCUGGCUGUCUUUGAGGAUCGUAUCUACUGGACAGACAGAGACACGUCGGCGGUCUUCAUGGCCAACAGGCUGACCGGUCAAGACAUCCACGUGCUGGCUGAAAACCUCAACGACCCCCAUGACAUCGUGGUCUUUCACCAGCUCCGCCAGCCGCAAGGCCCAGACAGCUGUAAUCUGGGGAGCGUGGCCAACGGAGGGUGUGAGUACUUGUGUCUGAAGGCUCCACAGAUUACCGAACACUCGCCCAAAUACACCUGCGCCUGCCCCGACGGGCAGGACCUGGGGCCUGACAUGAGAGCCUGUGUGCCAGCAGCGCCACGAAACAACAUGACGCCGACCUCCUCCCCUCCUGCUGGAUUUACACAUGGCACGAGAGACACUUUGGCGCAAGCGUUCCCACCGCCCUCAGGGAGAGUAUCACAGGCGGACGCCACCCCUCACUUGACCGCAGCUCCCUCUGGGGCCCCCGAUACCUUCGCACACCUCUCCACUCUGAACCCUUUGCCGUCACAAGAGUCAAAAGUACUGGGCUCGCGCUCCACUGCCGACUCGAUGGUCGUCUUCACCACACCCGCAAGGGACAGCAGCGUCUCUCAACACUCUGGGAGAGAGAAUUUCCUCCUGGGCGAGAACUUGACAGUGGCUGUUUUGGGAGUGGUCAUCCCCAUCGUUCCUAUCGUUGCCACAGUGGUGUUCGGCCUCGUGUGCACCGGGGUCUACCUGGUGUGGCGCAACUGGCGGCGCAACUCCACCAAGAGCAUGAACUUCGACAACCCCGUCUACCGCAAGACCACCGGCGAGGGCGAGGAGGACGAGAUCCACAUCGGGCGGACGGACGGCAUGGGACACCACGCGCACCAUCACCCGUACCCGCAGGGCGUCAACAUGGGAGUUGGAGGAGCAGGAGGUGGCACCUGCCCGCAGUUCAUCGCCCUGCCACUCGGGGGCAGCAUGCCCGAUCCGGGGACUCACUGGUACACGGAGCAGCCCAUGCUGUCCACAGCAAAGUGACCCCACAAGAGCGGAUUCAGAGGAAGACGGCCACUCAGGCACACGCACACACGCGGUGAGGUCAGAGGUCAGGGUUGACUUGGACUGAGUUUGCCGAAGGUACGAACAACAUAUCAUCCAGUGGUACAUGCAGCCAUAUUCUGUGCCAAUUUACAUUUGAAAACAGCAGAUUUAUUAAGACUCUGAUGAUUCUUUGAAAAAUAUGUUUCAUACUGUAUCUAUGCUGGAACUAGAUCUACUUUCUUCAGUAAAUGCUGAGAAUUAAUUAUAGAUUUUGUAAAGUGUGAUAUUGUGUUUCCAACAUUUAAACUGGAAGAUGGAAAAAGACAGUUUCCUUUUUUGGAUACUCUUGCAUUGAAACCUGAGUGAGGUGUUUGUGUCUCAUAUUGUGAGACGGGGCUGGUGAGAAGUUCUGUUUCAUCAUUGAUGUAUUAAUUUGGGCUUUGUGUUAUUCCUAUUUGGCUGUGGAACUCUGGGAACACUGUUUAGGAAGGAGCUAUGAAACGGGGACAGCAACUGCGUUGGUGGGACAAUCUGUACAGAUUAAUGUUUGAAUCAAUCACAAAUGUCCUAAAUGUCAUUACUGCUGUCGCUUGUGGUUUUCCUCAUGGGUUUUCUUUGGUAAGAAUUUCAUUUAUUUUUCAUUCUGACUGAUUCAGAGGCAAUUCUUUAAGAGCGAGUGGUCCUGCGUUUCAGAGUGCAGUUGAUUUGAGGGGAAUUAUUUUGAUUUGACCUCCAACACCCCAGAGAGUGCAGCAGAUCUGGAUUGGAAAGAAGAGAAUAGAGACAUACAACAGUAUAGAAGAGAGGUUCAAGGAAAGUGGAUUUUUAAGCAAGCGUUCUUCCUUAUCAUGACUUGAUUAGAUGUUAAAUGGUUUGAGAAAAAGCAAUAGACUCAAGCUUUUAGUCAGGCUACAGUGUUACGUCAUGUGGUUCACAAAACUCUUUGAGUGUUACAACAUUAUAUUUGAUCACCCGCUUUUGACUGUGACAAAAAAGUACAUGAGCACGCAUGGCGUUCAGUGAUAGAAGAUUCUUGCUGUUCUCCAGGGGACGGAUGCAACGUGCACUUGUCCUCCGAAAACACCAACAGCAUGCAUACCAGCAGACAAUGCAGCCAUUCAUUGUUCCGGGCAGGACGCACACAUUCACAAAAGUAAGCUGGAUUCCAUCGCCCGCUCCCCUCCUCUUCUUGAGAUGGCCGAUAUCUGAGCAGACAGUUUGGGAUAGAAGUGUGUGGGAGAGCCCAGCUGGUGGCUGCAUGACGGAAAAACCCUCGUUUAGUGAUGUAACCACAGAAAACUAAAACCUGACUCUGAUGUAAUGAGGUUGAGACCAAAUGUUCCUAUCGGAGAACAUGCUUCAUGCUGAUUCAGACACUGUUACUCCAUUCAUGAACCUUAAAUGUGUGUGUGUGUGUGUGUGUGUGUGUAUGUGUGUGUGUAUGUGUGUGUGUGUUCACUAUUAUGCAUGUGAGUGCAAAUUUCAUCCCACAGCCAUAUUUGAACCGUUUUGUAUGCUCUCUGUUGCACAACCCUCUUAGAAUGCCUUCUGCAUUGUGUAUUACAUGGAAGAAACAGUGUGGAUGCGUGGAUACACAGGUGUGUGUGUGUGUGUGUGUGUGUGUGUGUGUGUGUACGUUGUAUAUCUGAUAGUGUGACACUGGAGAAGCUUUGAGGGUGCUUUUUGAUUCAUUGAUUUGUAAAUAUGUUUUCAUAAUGUUUUUGAUAAUGUAUUAUACAAUUAUGUAAAAGAAAGAUGUACAUAAGAUUUUAGAUAAAGUGUUGACAUGUAUAUUAAUUUAUUUGUAUAAAAGCAGAACACUGCAUUCCCUGAUUGUAAGAAAUAUGAAUUAUCCACCAAAGUGGUUUGUGUCGUUUCUUGCUGUGCACCAUUUAGCAUCCCUUCUGUGUGCAACCCUUUUUCCUUUGUUAGCCCACGUAAAACAUGGAGUCCCCUCCCCCCAAAAUGUCCCACAUCUUUGCAACCUGGUGUUAAUGAGAAGAGUGAUUUUUGUUUAUUUGUGCCUUUUUGUUUAUGCUUUCAUUCUCCUGUAGUAUUUUUCAUGAAGAGGACAGGGAUCAGCCAACUACUGUACAUGCAAAUACACACUGUAUGAAGACCAAACUGGUUCCACUUUUUGAUUUUCUGUAAUGGAUUACUUUGGAAUAUCUCUAUAUAUUGGUAUAUAAAAUCUGACUAAAAAAUUC